UCCCACUACCAUCAGUCACUCUCGAUCACGAUUCACGAAGUUCGCUCUCUCAGUCGCAACAAUGUCCGAUUGCCUUCCUCGCGACGUUAUCACCAGGGAAGUCCUCUUCCGGCUUCCGGUGAUCUCCCUCCUCCGCUGCCGCUCCGUCUGCAAGGAGUGGCGCUCGCUGAUCGACAGCCCGGAAUUCAUAAACCGCCAAAUCAACCACUCCGCCGCCACCACCCGGAACGCCGUCCUCUACCUCCUCGACGAAAGCGACGACGGCCUCUACCCGAUCCUCCAAUUGAGCGGCCUCCACCGUCAAUCCUUCUUCCUGCUGCCUCCCCGAUUCCCUUACCUCCCUGCCAUAUCCCCUUCCCAUCCUCCGUUCAGACCUUUCGCCGAAGCCCCCACCGUCUUCGGCUCCUGCCGCGGCCUGCUCUGCCUCCGCUACAUCAGCACCGACCAGAUCCACAUCCUCAACCCGGCGACGCGAUCGGAGGUGCUCUCUCAGGCUGUUCUGCCCGACGGCUUCAUGACCCGCUACGAGAAAGCCGGUUACUCGAGCUCGGAGCUCGGAGCUCGGAGCUCGGGUACGGAUUCGGGUACGAUUUAGGGUCCGACGACUACAAGGUCGUCAGGAUCUGCCAUUUGAUCGGACAGGGAGGCGAGAAACGGGAAUCGGAGGUGAUUAGCUUUGGGAUUAGGUCGAGAAUCUGCCAGGUACUGAAAAUCCCUUACGUGCUUGCUUCCACUUAUCAGAAAUUGGGGGUUUUCGUGGGCGGGGCAUUGCAUUGGACGGUAAUGGAUUCCUCGCGCUCUAAGUUUGUUGUGGUUGCGUAUGAUGUGGGGCUGAAUCAAUGCCGGGAAGUUCCACAGCCGGCGGAGUAUGGGGAUGGGAAUGGUGGUGGCUACUUCUUGAGCCUUGGGGAAUUGAGGAACUGCUUGUGCAUUUUUGCUAACUACUUGGGGGAGAGUGUUCAUGCGUGGAUGAUGAAGGAGUACGGUGUGGAGAGUUCUUGGACCAAGCUGUUCUCUGUUCCGAAUUCGGGCUUGUCGUAUCAUUUCUCACUGGUGCCUCUAGGGCUGUCCAUGAAUGGUGAUGAAGUUCUGCUGCAUUUGGAUGGGGAAAGGCUUGUUUGGCUUGAAAUGGAGAAGGGAAAGGGUGCUCAAGAGAUCACCAUCCUUGGAUGGGAAGGCGGGGACUUCGGUGCUGCGGUUUGCUUUGCAAGCUUGGUUCCCCCUGAUGGGAAAUUGCCUCCUAAAGAAGUGAUCGUUAGCAAGAAAAAGCAAAAGGAAGUAGUGGCUGAAGAGGAGGAAGAGAACUGUUAUGAUCACGAGUACUAUGAAUGCGACUGUUGUGAUGGAUGGGACUCGCCUGAGGGUGGCUUUGAUGAAAAUUUCUAUAUCGAUUACUACUCACUGUAAGAGGACGAUGAAGCUGAAGUGGUACUGAAGCGCGCACCAGCCAAGGUGGGAGCAGCCAUGGAUCGAUGGAGGGGGAUGCAGAAUAUGUUUGCUUCAUGCAUAAUGAAAUCUUCAGGUUAUCAGUUUCAUCUUUUGUUUUGUCCUUGAGGGACCUUUUGGCAGGAAAUGGUGUUGUUUAGGACCUUUUGUUCCUCCGUGACCUACUUACUUGGUCUCCUAUACAAUUAGCCUCGAGACUGCUUGUAAAUGGUGUUUGUUUAGGUAGAUAUGUGCCUUUGUUUAAUUGUGUUCUCGAUCCCUAAUUGUGGACUAGUGAGGAUGUAAUUGUAUUAUGGAUGUAAAUUGAUUUGUUCUUUGCC